AUGGAACAGUCUUCUCUCGGGCUGUGGCCUCUGCUGCUGCUGGCCUGCUGGCCUCUUCCUCCUGGUCUGGCUGGUGAGAACUUGGUGAAUUUCCUGGGUGGUGAUAAUAAAUGUGAAGGCCAAAUACAAUUGCUGUAUGAUGGACAGUGGGGCCUUAUGUGUGGGGACGGCUUGGGCAUGCAGGAGGCCUCAGUGAUCUGCAGACAGCUCGGCUGUGGCUCUGUGCAUUCUAUUUCCCAGUAUAUUUUGACACCUGAAGAGAUGAAACAACCUUGGCUAUAUGGUGCCCAGUGCCGUGGUGAGGAAGCCACCCUCUGGGAGUGCCUCCUGGGGCCCUGGGGGCCCCUCAGCGGCUGCAAAUGCCAAUGUGUGGCUGUGAUUAUCUGCUCAGGUGGUACCACACGACAAAUCGGCCUAGCUGAUGGUAGCAGCCCUUGUGCUGGGAUUCCAGAGGCCACUGGCCUUUCAGGCCUUUCCCUGAGAUGUGACUUGCAGAAGGUGGAGGCUGGUGUUCUCUGCAGACAGCUGGAAUGUGGCACUGCUCUACAGUGGUCCAGAGCCCAUCAUAGAGCAGAUAGGAAGCCAGAAGAGAAGUACAUUAAAUGCAAGGGAACAGAGCCUGACAUUUUACAUUGCCAGACCAAUGUGAACUUCCUAGAGCAAUGUGACCUUCUGACCUACACCCAGGUCAUGUGCACAGGACACCUGGAAGUCUCACUGGUGGGUGGUGAGCACCUCUGUAAGAAUUCCCUGGAGGCAGUGAGAACUGACCUGGACUUGCUCAUAGAUCAUAUGUGUUGCUGGGAGUUGGUAUGGUGUGGCUGUAUCCACAUCUGGGAGUUUGGCUGGGGUUCAGUGCGGGCCUUCCACUAUGUGGGCAAUGUGUCACUGAUGUUCCGUUGUCCACGAGAGCCUGGACACUGCUGUGGCCAUGACCAAGAUGCUUCCCUGACUUUUUCAGGGGAAGAUUCCCUGAAUCUCAUAGAUGGUUCAAACCAGUGUGAUGGCCAUCUGGAAGUGGAGCACAGUGGGCAGCGAGGCCUUGUGUGUAGUGACCACUGGGGCAUGCAGGAAGCUUCAGUGAUCUGCAGACAGCUUGGCUGUAGCCAUGCACGUUCUACCUUCCAGUACGUUCUGAGGCCUGAAGAGAUGACGGCACCCUGGUUGUAUGGUGCCAAGUGCAGUGGUGAGGAGGCCACCCUCUGGGAGUGUUCUCUAGGGGCCUGGGGGCCUCUCAGUGACUGCAAGUGCCAGUGUGUAGUGUCAAUUUUGUGCUCAGGUAGUAACUUUCAGCAAGUCAGGCUGGCCAGAGGUGCCAGUCCGUGUGCCGGGUCUCCUGAGUUGUUGAGCAGGUCUUUCCCAAUCCUGGAGUGCGACCUGCAGAAGAAAGAGGCAAGUGUCCUGUGCAGAUACCUGGAGUGUGGCACCGCGCUGCAGUGGUCCAGAGCUCAUCAUGGAGCAGGGACUGGAAGUCAAGAACAGAAAUUCUUGUCUUGCCAAGGAACAGAGCCUGACACUUUCCACUGCAAGAUCAAUGUGAACUUUGCAGAGCAGUGUGACGUUCUAUCCCCCACCGAGGUGGUGUGCACAGGUCACGUGGAGGCCCGGCUGCUGGGUGGUACACACCCCUGUGAAGGACGCCUGGAGGUUCUUCAAGGCCUUACCUGGGGCACCAUCUGCUAUGAUGACCUGGACCUGCCCAUGGCCAAUGUGGUUUGUCGGGAGCUGGGGUGUGGCACCGCUGUAUCCAUACUCAGGACUUCCCACUUUGGCCACGGAUCAGGGCCUGUGUGGACAGAAGCCUUUCACUGUGUGGGCAAUGAGUCACUGCUGUUCCAUUGUCUAAAGGAGCCUGGACACCAGUGUGGCCAUGAUCAGGAUGCUGCACUAACCUGCUCAGAGGAAAAGUUCCGACUGGUCAAUGGCGGCAGCGGCUGUGAGGGCCGCGUGGAGCUUCGGGUAAAGGAGGACUGGCAGCCCCUCUGUGCCGCCCACUGGGACUCAGCAGAUGCCACGGUGCUCUGUCACCAGCUCAGCUGUGGUUAUGCGGUUGCUGUACCCCAAGGAGGACACUUUGGAAAUGUGAGCGGUCUUAUCUGGACAGAUGUGUUUCACUGUGUGGGGACAGAGCCCCACUUGCUGAGCUGCCCAGCAAGUACCCUAGGGGCCCAGGCAUGCACCCUGGAAAAUUCAGCCUCGGUUGUCUGCUCAGGUCUCCAGGAUGCCCUACGGCUGAGGGAUGGACAGAGCCACUGCGAUGGGCGAGUAGAAGUCUUCCUGGAUGGUGUGUGGGGGCGUGUACUGGACAAUGCCUGGGACCUGCGUGAUGCUGCUGUGGUGUGCAGGCAGCUCGGGUGCGGAGAGGCACAGCGAGCCUAUGAUGCUCCAGCACCGGACCACAAGACAGUCCCUGUGGGGUUGAGCCUGGUGCGCUGCUCGGGCUCUGAGACCCAUCUGGCCCGGUGCAAUGUGUCAGUGUCCCAGGUGGUGCCUGCGGGGACUUUGCAGGAUGCAGGCGUGGUAUGCUCGGGGAGCUUGCGCAUACGGUUGGCAGAGGGUAAGGGCCGCUGUGCUGGGCGUGUCGAAGUGUUUUAUCAGGGCACAUGGGGCACUGUAUGUGAUGAUGCCUGGGACCUGCGGGAUGCCCACGUGGUCUGCAGGCAGCUGGGCUGUGGCUAUGCCCUCAGUGCUCCUGGGGCUGCCCAUUUUGGAGCAGGAACUGGGCGCAUCUGGAUGGAUGAAGUAGGCUGCCUGGGCGAGGAGGCUGCUCUCUGGGAGUGCCAGUCAGGAGGCUGGGGCCAACAAGACUGUGGGCACAAGGAGGACGCAGGUGUGGUCUGUUCAGAAUUCACUGAUGUAAGGCUGCAGGAACACAGCCAGCCAUGCACAGGCCGCCUGGAAGUUUUCUACAAUGGGACUUGGGGUGGCGUCUGCCAGUCCUUGAGUGCUGCCUCUCUGAGGGUUCUGUGUGGACAACUGGGCUGUGGGUCCCAGGGGCAGCUGCUGGCCAGGCCAACGAGCUCAUCUACACUGGAGACUAUCUGGUUGAAGUCCAUUCAGUGCAGGGACAAGCAUGACAGGUCCUUGUGGCAAUGCCCCUCGGAACCCUGGAACAGGCACUCUUGCCUCAGUGGAGAGGAAGCUUGGCUGGUGUGUACAGAAAAGACAGAAGUUUCUCAGGAUAUGGAACAGAUUUCCAACUGCUCAUCAACACUUAGCUGCCCAGAGGAAGGUGCACUUCGCGUGUUUGGGGGUGACAAUGGCUGCUCUGGACGGGUGGAGUUCUGGCACGGAGGAUCAUGGGGCACAGUAUGCGAUGACUCCUGGGACCUGGCAGAUGCAGAAGUUGUGUGCCGGCAACUGGGCUGUGGCCCAGCCAUAGCUGCCUUGCGGCAUGCUGCCUUCGGCCCUGGUUCAGGGCCAAUAUGGCUAGAUGAAGUGGGGUGCCGAGGCAGUGAGACGUCUCUGGGAGCCUGCCAGGCAGAACCGUGGGGAUAUGGAGACUGCUCCCACAAGGAGGAUGCUGGUGUGCACUGCCUAGAUACGUCCACGACCGAGGCAUCAGGCAGUUCCCUGGCCCCUCCCUCUGCUCCUGAGGUCUGGACCCUGCCUGAGAUUGCCUGCUUGGUCCUUGGCUGCCUCCUGGGCAUCGUUUUUCUGGUUCUGGCUUCUAAGUGGUACUGCAGCAGAGCCAUCAGCAUGGGUUCCGGAGUGAUGGGGCAGCUGCCCUCAGAUGCGAUCUAUGAAUACAUUGAAACAGUCCCUAUGGAGGAAAGGGCAGAGGAGCCAUCAGCAAGCCAGAGCCUGGUGCAGGAGGAGGAUUAUGAUGAUGCAGAAGAGCCUGAGGACAGCCCUGGGGAAGAUAUGGAGGCUGGGCACUGUUGAGCCUGAGGACAGCCCUGGGGAAGAUACUGAGGCUGGGUACCAUUGAGCCUGACUGGUGUGCACCUCUGUUUCCUGAGUUCCAGCACAUCCUUUCUGAUGUUAGGCUCAAAUAAAGUGAUUCUGCUGUGGUCUGGUACUUAGAAUCCCUGAGGACCAAAUGAGUGUCUCUCUCUUUAAAUAUAGAUGGGGCUGUUUGCUGCCUGAAUGCUGAUGUUGAUGCUGAAAUAGAAAACUGUGAGGACCCCUACCAUCAACAGAUGACCUUGUACUGGCCUUGAGGUUA